AUGGUUAAUUAUUCAUCAUAUGUUUCUUUGUUUAUUGCUAUAUCAUUUGUUCUUUUGGUAUGGGAAUGGAAAACUCAACAAGUAUUCGACCUUAGUUACUACGAUGAAACUCAAGUACUUAUCUUACUAAAUGAAGGAAAAAAGUUAAUUCAAAUUGACGAAACAGAAAUUUAUUUGAUGACUGAAGAAGAGGUUCUAAACUUAAAGAGAAAAAAUAUUAAAUUUAUGGAUAUAACUGAUUAUUUAGAAUUGGGAUUAACUUAUAAGGAGAAAAAAAUAUAUGAAUAUCCAAUCUUCCCUACUUUCCAAGAUGAAAUUGCUCCUUUCAUUGGAAACCUUACCACAGAUUAUAUGCGCGAAAAUCUAGAAAAAUUUACCUCUUUCCGAAAUCGAUAUUAUCGCUCAAAAUAUGGUGUUGAAUCUUCAGAAUGGCUCUUCAAAAAAGUUUCUGGAAUUGUAAAGAACUCAAAAAGAGUUGCCUCUGAAAUUUCUGUUAAACAAUUCAGACAUAAAUGGGAUCAAAAAUCUAUUAUUGCAAGAUUCGAAGGUUCUGAUCCACAAAAGGAUAAUGAAGUUGUUAUCGUAGGAGCUCAUCAAGAUUCAAUAAACAUGUGGAUACCAACUUAUGGUAGAGCUCCUGGAGCUGAUGAUGACGGAAGCGGUACCGUGACAAUUUUAGAAGCAUUCCGAGUUUUAGUUGAAGGAGACUUUAAGCCUCAAAGACCAGUUGAGUUUCAUUGGUACUCUGCUGAAGAAGGAGGACUUUUAGGUUCACAGCAUAUCGCCUCAGAAUAUGAAAGGGAAGGCAGAGACGUAAUUGCUAUGUUGCAGAAUGAUAUGACAGGGUAUAUCGGAAAAAAACCCGAAUCAGUUGGAGUCAUUAUCGAUUUUGUCGAUCCCGAUUUAACUUCAUUCCUUAAGAAACUUGUCACUACCUACGCUUCUAUUCCUUCAACAGACACUAAAUGCGGAUAUGCUUGCUCAGAUCAUGCUUCUUGGCAGAAGGCUGGCUAUCCCUCUGCAUUCACUAUUGAAGGUGAAUUUUCAGAUUCGAAUCCUUAUAUUCAUACUGCGAAUGACAUAAUUGGACAUUUGAGCUUUGAUCAUAUGCUUGAAUUUAGCAAGCUUUCUGUUAGUUUUGCCAUUGAAUUGAUUCAUAUUAUGAGAUCGAAUCUCAAAGGAUGA